GCGAAGCGCGUUUCCCUUCCAGGCUCCCGUAGAGACAUACGACGAGCUUUUGGCGCCUACCCUGCAGUGUUGCAGCUGCAGAGCAGAGACAAAGCGUAGGCAGACCGCGUGGUAAGAGGACAUCAGUGAAGCCUUUCCUGGUCUUUUAAGUGCAGAACAUGGGCAAGAAGCAGAAUACCAAGGGUAAGAAGGACACAGCGGACACACAGGAGGAGCCUGAGGAAUUUGUGGUGGAAAAAGUACUCGACCAACGUCUUGUGAAUGGGAAAGUAGAAUUCUUCCUGAAGUGGAAAGGAUUUACAGAGGCUGACAAUACAUGGGAGCCAGAGGAGAACCUGGAUUGUCCAGAGCUGAUUUCAGCAUUUUUGGAAGCACAGAAGAAUGUUAAGGAGAAGCCUGCCCCUGUUAAGAGGAAGGCAUCGACAGACGAGCCGGAAACAGAAGCCAAGAAGAAAGAUGUGGCAGAGAAACCACGUGGCUUUGCUAGGAACCUUGACCCAGAACGGAUAAUUGGCGCAACGGACAGCAGCGGGGAGUUGAUGUUCUUGAUGAAAUGGAAAGACUCGGAUGAAGCAGAUUUAGUCCCAGCCCGUGAGGCCAACACUCGCUGCCCUCAAGUGGUCAUUUCCUUCUAUGAGGAGAGACUGACAUGGCAUUCCUGUCCAGAGGAUGAGGCACAGUAGUGCUGUCCUCUGGUCCCCUGCAGUUCCUUGUUCCACUUAAACCUUUUUCCUCAGGACUGAAUUUUCUCCUCGGGCUUGGCUUUUUAGUUUUAGCUAUCGUAGUUAUUUUUGACGAUGUUUCAGCCCUUGCAAAUCAUUGGCUGUCAAGGAGAGCUAUGUUGUUGUACGUAUUAGCUGAACUGAUUGUGAGAGAGCAGGUGGUGGUGUGGUGUAUGAUGAAAUAAGUCUUCCGUUAUCAUAAAAAAAUUAAUGUGACUUCAGUUUAGAAAGCAUAUUCUUUGAUAAACCCCGCAACCGCCCAUAUUCAUACCUGGUUCAAGUUUUUAAAUUCUGAAUGGCUACUCUGGUCUGUUACCGUGUCAGCCACCACUUGUGUCACCAUCUAAAUUUCAUGUAAGAUGAUGUUUUUUUGUUAUUUUCCCACAGUAGUGCUAAUGUUGUGCUCUGAAAGUGAAUUUUGUAUACUCUGUCUGUAAAUAUUAUUUGAAGUUCUAAUAAAGGUUUUAUGUGACCAAAUUC